GUGCAUGUAUGGAAAAGCAAUUGGGUGAACUGGUAGCCGAACCGUCCGGAGAGUUCAAAAAGUUUACCCGCAUGUCUGUAAUGGAUUUCGAAUAUUUACUUAACAAAAUUUCGAGCCAAAUAUCGAAACAAGACACCCACCUGAGAAAAUCCAUUCCAGCCCGCAUACGUCUCGCAGUAACACUUCGUUAUUUGGCCACCGGCGAUGACUACCAGAGUCUACAUUUCUUAUUCAAAAUAUCACCUCAGUUGAUAUCAGAAAUUAUACCAGAAGUUUGCAUGGCUUUGAAUGAAGCUUUAAAGGAUGAAAUUAAGCUUCCUUCAUGCCCCGAGGAAUGGCUAGAAAUUUCAAAAGGCUAUUCAUUGAAAUUUCCUCGGGCCAUCGGGGCUCUAGAUGGCAAGCAUGUUGCUUUGCAAUGCCCAAUUAACUCGGCAUCUGAAUAUUUUAAUUACAAGAGAACGUUCAGUAUUGUCCUCCUGGCACUAGUAGACAGUCAGUGCAAUUUUACUUUUGCUGACAUCGGCUGCCAAGGUCGAAUCAGUGAUGGUGGCGUAUUUAGAAACUGCAUGUUGUGGGAAAAGAUUUGCGACAACCAACUGAAUCUGCCACCACCACAUCCAUUGCCCGGAUUAAAUAAACAUGUGCCUUAUGUGUUCUUGGCUGAUGCAGCAUUUGCUCUUUCGGAGAAUGUAAUGAAACCGUAUCCCGGAAACCUUGAGCGGGGAAAUCCACGACGCAUAUUCAACCAACGAUUGUCAAGUGCUCGUGUUACAGUAGAGAACGCUUUUGGUAUACUGGUUACCAAAUUUCGGGUUUUCAAAAAACCUAUACAAUUGCAACCAGAGAAAGCUAGCAUUGUUACAUUAACUUGCAUAUUGUUACACAAUUACUUGAGGCGUAGCAGGACAUCGUCGCAUAUCUACACGCCUCCAGGUUCAAUUGAUCAAUAUGACCGGAACGACGUUCUCAUCCAACCAGGCUCAUGGAGAAACGAAACCGAUACGACGUGUGCCGUUCGCAAUAUGCGGCAAAUACCACGCCGAUCUCCUCUUAACGCCACACAAAUCAGAGACGAGUUUACUACUUAUUGUAUUCGUUAAAAUAAACAUGAUUAUCUUACCGUC